GAAGCGGCGCGGGCAGCACUCUGGCCGCCCGGCCCCUCUGCUGGCGGCUGGGAGAAGUUAGUCACCGGGUGCCCUAACCCCGGGAGCGUCGGAGCGCGCAAACCCGGGAAUGGGGAGGGAAGAAACGCGGUACCCGGGCUGCCGGCUGCAGGCGAGAGGAGCGCGGGACGAGGCAGCGCCAGGGAAGCCGAAAGUGCUUUGCUGGUGCACGGAGUUGCUGGGUUUACGAAGCCGGAGCGCACGGGCGUGGAGAGGGGAAAAACUUGCGGCAGGAACUUCCCACCGAGGGAAAGAAAAGCAGGAGAGAAGGAGACAGGGAAAGACUUGAAAUGUCUCAGUAACUUUAAAAACACACCAAACACCCCUUCAGAAGAUGAGGAUGGCAUGCCGCUAUAAAUUCAUUGUUCCACCUCCUCGCAUCUUCACAGCGCUCGCGCUGCUCUCCGCGCUCGCAGCGGCGGACUGGGGAUGACGGCGGGCAGGACGACACUGCACCCGAAGGGACACGGACGCGCCGCUUCACUGGCUCGCUGCAGGCCGCCCCUUGCAUUUUUGUUUUGAUUUUUAUGGCUUUUCUCUCCCUCUCUUUCCUCUCUUCCUCCUGGUUUCAUUAGAGUCAAGGAAACCCACAAAAUAAAAAGAAAGUGGGCUCCGGAUCUUGGAAUCCCCGCUGCCAAAGGGUCCUGGGCAGCAAGGGGGCGGGAGACAGCGCGCACCAGUUGCCCGCCUGGUGCGCGGCACCUUCCUUACGCUCCUUGGUGCAGCGACAGUGGCUGCAUUUGGGAAGGAUUUAGUCCCCCCCCCUUUUUUUCUCAUAUUUGCUGAAUCUCUCCAAGCCGGCUUUUCUCUUUUUAAUUUUUUCCCCUGUUUCCGGAGCACGAAUCCAAACAUUUUCCCAAACCAACAAAGAAAAGUUCGCACGCUGGCACCGUGGCCCGGACAGGCUGGCGUUGCUGCUGGGUCCCCCUCCCUCCGACUCUUGACUCAACUUGCAAGCAAGUGUGUGUGUGUGUGUGUGUGUGUGUGUGUGUGUGCGCGCCCCUACCUCCCGCCCCGGUAACUUCCAUAGCGAAUAACAAAUACCCAUAAAGUCCCCGCAGCGCAGCCCCUCCCCGCGGGCAGCGCACUAUGCUGCUCGGGUGGGCGUCCCUGCUGCUGUGCGCGCUCCGCCUGCCCCUGUUCGCGGCCGGCCCCGCCGCGGCACCUGCCCAGGAUAAAGCCCGGCAGCCCCGGGCUGCUGCAGCGGCCGCCCAGCCCCGCCGGCGGCAAGGGGAGGAGGCGCCGGAGCGGGCCGAGCCUCCGGGCCACCCGCACCCCCUGGCGCCCCAGCUCAAGAGCAGCGGGCUGGUGCAGAACAUCGACCAGAUCUACUCCGGCGGCGGCAAGGUGGGCUACCUCGUCUACGCGGGCGGCCGGAGGUUCCUCUUGGACCUGGAGAGGGAUGAUUUGGUGGGCGCCACUGGCUUUGUGCCCGCAGGAGGCGGGCCGAACGCGACCCGGCGCCACCGAGGCCACUGCUUCUAUAGGGGCACGGUAGACGGCAGCCCCAGAUCCCUGGCUGUCUUUGACCUCUGCGGUGGUCUGGAUGGCUUCUUCGCCGUGAAGCACGCGCGCUACACCCUGAAGCCACUGCUGCGCGGGCCCUGGGCCGAGGCUGAGGCCGGGCGCGUGUACGGAGAUGGAUCCGCGAGGAUCCUGCACGCCUACACCCGCGAGGGAUUCAGUUUUGAGGCCUUGCCACCGCGCACCAGCUGCGAGACCCCCGCGUCCCCACCAGGGCCCCGUGAGCGCCACCCGCAACAUGACAACGCUGACCGACGCUGGACGCUGGCUCCGCAGUUCCUGGACCCGUCGACUCCCUCCUCCGAUGGGGGCCAGGGACCACAGACCUGGUGGCGGCGGCGGCGGCGCUCCAUCUCCCGGGCCCGCCAGGUGGAGCUGCUCCUGGUGGCUGACACAUCCAUGGUGCAGAUGUACGGCAGGGGCCUGCAGCAUUACUUGCUGACCCUGGCCUCCAUCGCCAACCGGUUGUACAGCCACGCAAGCAUCGAGAAUCACAUACGCUUGGUCGUGGUGAAGGUGGUGGUGCUGGGCGACAAGGAUAAGAGUCUGGAGGUGAGCAAGAACGCGGCCACCACACUCAAGAACUUCUGCAAGUGGCAGCACCAGCACAACCAGCUCGGGGAUGACCACGAGGAGCACUAUGAUGCGGCCAUCCUGUUUACUCGCGAGGACUUGUGUGGGCAUCAUUCCUGUGACACCCUGGGAAUGGCAGACGUUGGGACCAUAUGCUCCCCGGAGCGCAGCUGCGCUGUGAUUGAAGACGAUGGCCUCCAUGCAGCUUUCACUGUGGCUCACGAAAUUGGACAUCUGCUCGGCCUCUCCCAUGACGAUUCCAAAUUCUGCGAAGAGAACUUUGGCUCCACAGAAGAUAAACGCUUGAUGUCUUCCAUCCUAACCAGCAUCGAUGCAUCCAAGCCCUGGUCCAAAUGCGCCUCGGCCACCAUCACGGAAUUCCUGGAUGACGGCCAUGGUAACUGUUUGCUGGACCUGCCUCGCAAGCAGAUCCUGGGCCCGGAGGAACUCCCGGGACAGACCUACGAUGCUACCCAGCAGUGCAACCUGACCUUCGGGCCCGAGUACUCGGUGUGUCCCGGCAUGGACGUCUGCGCCCGCCUGUGGUGCGCCGUGGUGCGCCAGGGCCAGAUGGUGUGUCUGACCAAGAAGCUGCCGGCCGUGGAGGGCACGCCCUGUGGGAAAGGGAGGAUCUGCCUGCAGGGCAAGUGCGUGGACAAAACCAAGAAAAAAUACUAUUCGACCUCAAGCCAUGGCAACUGGGGGUCCUGGGGGUCCUGGGGACAGUGUUCCCGUUCCUGCGGAGGAGGAGUGCAAUUCGCCUAUCGUCACUGCAAUAACCCUGCGCCCAGAAACAGUGGCCGCUACUGCACAGGAAAGAGGGCCAUCUACCGUUCCUGCAGCGUGACGCCCUGCCCCACUAACGGCAAGUCUUUUCGUCAUGAGCAGUGUGAGGCCAAAAAUGGAUAUCAGUCUGAUGCAAAAGGAGUCAAAACAUUUGUGGAGUGGGUCCCCAAGUAUGCUGGUGUCCUACCAGGGGACGUGUGCAAACUGACCUGCAGAGCCAAGGGCACCGGCUACUACGUGGUGUUUUCUCCGAAGGUGACCGAUGGAACCGAAUGCAGGCCCUACAGUAAUUCCGUCUGCGUCCGGGGGAAGUGUGUGCGCACCGGCUGUGAUGGCAUCAUCGGCUCAAAGCUGCAGUAUGACAAGUGUGGCGUGUGUGGCGGGGACAACUCCAGUUGCACCAAGAUUAUUGGAACCUUCAAUAAAAAAAGUAAGGGAUACACUGAUGUUGUAAGAAUCCCAGAAGGGGCAACCCACAUAAAAGUCCGACAGUUCAAAGCCAAAGACCAGACCAGAUUCACUGCCUACUUAGCCUUGAAGAAGAAAAACGGUGAGUACCUUAUCAAUGGAAAGUACAUGAUCUCCACUUCGGAAACGAUCAUCGACAUCAACGGAACAGUCAUGAACUACAGCGGCUGGAGCCACAGAGAUGACUUCCUGCAUGGGAUGGGCUACUCGGCCACAAAGGAGAUUCUCAUAGUGCAGAUCCUUGCAACAGACCCGACUAAAGCGCUAGAUGUCCGUUACAGUUUCUUUGUUCCCAAGAAGUCCACUCAGAAAGUAAACUCGGUCACCAGCCACGGCAGCAAUCAAGUGGGGUCGCACGCCACACAGCUGCAGUGGGUGACCGGCCCGUGGCUGGCCUGCUCCAGGUCCUGUGACACAGGCUGGCACACCCGGACCGUGCAGUGCCAGGACGGAAACCGCAAGUUAGCCAAGGGGUGUCUUCUCUCUCAGAGGCCUUCCGCCUUUAAGCAAUGUUUGCUAAAGAAAUGUUAGCCUGUGGUUAUGCUCUGAUGCAGAGAUGACUGGGUGACUGAUCACGGAUCAGUCGUGCUGAACAAGAAGAGGUCCACCUACAGCACAGACAGGCACCCUUCGGUGUCAUUGUCAACAGGAGUCUGAUUAUGGGCAGAAUCUGCUCCCUGUGACCAAAUGAAGAAGUGCACUAUUCCAUGUGACAGUGGUGACCCUGGAAUACAGAAGAACUUGGGAGUUGGCCAACAUCCCCUGGGCCUGCAAGAAUGGAAAACACUGAUGAAUGUAGAACCAGGCAACAUUUGACAACGGAAGAAUCACCUUCUCCCUCUUGCCACCUACCUCUUACAGAAUGUCUUCAAAGGCACUGUAACCAUUUUCACCCACAAUACACAGUAGCUUCUUUUUACUGUUUGUAAAUACAUUCUCCCUUGGUAUGUCACUUUAUAUCACUUGGUUCUAUUAAAAUAUAUAUGUGUAUAUAUAUAUAUAUAUAUUUCUAUAAAAAAAAGUGUUUGACCAAAGUAGGGUCUGCAGCUAUUCCAACUCCUUCCAGUUUCUGGAAAGAGCUGUGGAUGUUUUACUGGAAAUUAAGAUCUUGCUGCUGUUUUAAUAAGACUUAGUAAACUUUCAGACAACAGGAGAUAACAUUUUAGUCAAAAACCAUUUUGACAGCAAGCAUCUUCUGAGACGUUUUAAAAAGUGAAAGGAUCUCAGUGUAUCUCGUCAUUUAAAUACAUACACGGGUCUGUAGCAUUCGACAGCCUGCAUUUUUUCAGGCAGCCAGCCAAAUUAAUGCGUAACUAGGUCAUAGAAUUAGCAUUUGCGUGUGUGUAUGUUGUUGGUAUUCACAGGCUAACAAUUGAUUUCCUUGUGUUGAAAUUUAAAAGGAAAAAAAACAUACUUCACUGCAUUUUCCAUUUCUAUUUUCCCAGUUGCUUUCCCUUCCUGUGACUCAUCUGAUAUCUCACAAUAUGUAAUAUACACACAGCAAAGAGUUUUCCGAUCACAAUCGAUGCUCUAAAUACUGGUACUCCUCUUACCAGCAAGCCUUUAAAAUGUGUUUGUUUUUGCUUGUUUGUUCUGUUAAAGGGUUCUGUAAGACCUACAAGGUUUUCUACAUCUUGUUGACGUAGUGUAAUGAGAGUAUUAGAGAUCAUUUGGUAGUUAGCCACUUCUCAAAGUGAUUAUUGUUAAUGUGGUUAGUGCAGAAAAAAACAAGGUAAUUCAUAAGACUGUUUCCACACCGCACAGGCAAUAAUUCCUUGCAUUGAAAACCAACCCAAGCACACUGAUACCGCACUUCAGAUUUUUCCCAAGUAGAAAGCAUCUGGUUGCACCAGUAAGUGUUUGAGUGAUGAAAUAUGAUGAUUUUUGAGAAGUUUGUUACUUCUAUUUCCAUAGCCUAAGUAGGUUGUAAGUUUGAAUAGUUAGGCAUAGAAAAUUUGUGCAAUUACAUGCCUAAAAAUCUCUUUAGACAGUAAACUGUAUGCCUUCACUCCACAGUUUAAAAAAUAUAAGGCGUUUUGUUCAUUGGGAUUUCUUUUCCUUUGUGAAACAUCACAAAGCUAAUUGUUUUUAUAAAAUUGUAUAAUAUCAUACCAAAUGUGCCUAUUGUAAAGAUUUGCAUAUAAGAAUGUUAGGGGACCAUUGUUUGAGUUCCCUUAAGCUCAUGAGAGUUUAUUUUUAUUAUGAGAUAUUUUUAAUAUAAAAGAACUAUGUAAUUCAUCUUGCUCCAUCACAUUCAUUUCAGUGGGCCAGGAGAUUGGAUGUCUCACUGUUUUAAAUAUUUUCUUAAGAAAUUAUUCGGUAAAACAAAUAAGUAUUUUACAGAACUGAUAAUCAUCUUUCGGAUUUUUAUACACUGACUUUGCUGGAGAGACGGUCAUUUUUUUCUUAAUAAAUUAUCAGUUAGAAAAUGAGGUCUGUACAAGACUGGUACCUACUCUUGAUGGAGGUGAACCAGGUAUCAGGGCUGGGGACAGAGCUAUGCAAAUUGGCCAGGGAAAGAAUUAAAAUUACAACUGAUCAUUUGACUAUGCAGAGAGAACUAUUAGAGAGGCCGUUAUCUUUUCCAAUUUUCAAAAUAAUUUUAUCAAGUAAGCCAACUAUGACCAAGUUUUAUUUUAUCUUUUGUGGAUAUAUUGAAGGCAACAUUAAAAGAUAAUUAAAGAGCAAACACGAUUGUCUCCUAUUCUGCUUCUCAAUGCUUGACUCACAGAUUUUUAAUAUGAUUUAUCAAUGAUUUGUUUUCCCCCAAAUAAUGAAGUUUUAUCCUUUUCAUUGGAAUAAUCCUAGAGAGCUUAUAAUGAAUAAACCACUAUUCCAUGGUUUUAAGGAAUUUUCUUUAGUUUUUUUUUUGGUGUUUUUUAUUUUUGUAUGAGUAUCAAUAGAUUGACUAAAGAAUGUAUGUCUAAACUCCUGAGAAAAAUGAUAUAGACUGGAAACUGAAAUUCAGAGAAACUUAUAAUAGAUAUAAAGAAUGGUAAGCAAAGGGAAAAUCCUCUAUUAAAUGAUCUAAUUCAGUCCAGCUUGACUUUGGACUAUUCCUUCUAUCUUUAUGUAGUUGCACCUUGAAUAAAAAGUCUAGGGUUCAUGAUGUUAGGGGUUACUUCCUCAAAAAAGAGUUUGCCUAAAAGUGCUCAGGUUAGUAAGAAUUUAACCUCACAAAACUAAACACUCCAGGUUAAGUUUAAUUAAAUACAGUGGAAGCCCCCCAAAUAGCACUUAUUUCUUCUAGAAGAGAAAAGGUCAAAUUAAGCCCUGUUUGGUUGUUUAGAGAUUUAGGGGCAUUGUUGUAAUUUAUUCAACAAAUUCAACUUACUUUGCCUUUCUGUGGAAACAGUUUUAUUCCAUUAAACUAAGAAUUAAGGGAUUAAUCACAGACAAAAAGUUGCAGCACUGAAAAAAAUAAUUUAUUGUUUUUUGCAACUGGUAUGUGAAUUUGUGUGAUAAAGUUAUUUAUUCUUAUUUAACAAAAAUAUGUGCAAAUUCUAUAUUUAAAAUGUUUUGCUGUUGUCCUACUUUUUAAUUUAUGCUUCCUGUUUGUGGAUAAAGUACACUUUGUGAGUUUACAUGAUAUAUAGCACUGUUUGCUUUUGUAUUUUUUUACAAAAAGCUUUCUGUGUGAAGUGUAUUCCUCAUGUAUCAUUGUUCUGAUACUGUAGUUUUCCUUUCUGAGCAAGUGUUUAACUUAAGCUUUCAUUACUAUUAGUAUCCAUUAAUUCUAAUUUUUUCAAGUCACAGAUAAGAAAAACAUGUAUUUAAAACACUCAACUGUGGUCCAAGUUUUAAAUGUGGGCACAUAGAGAGCCUGUCAGUCCCCUGAAGCUAAGGCACAGUGAGAAUCAGGUCUAUUCAUUUCACUGAUACACUUGGACAAAGAGCUGUUGAUGGAUUAUGUGAAAACUGCAAGCGAUAUCAAUUAUAAUAAAACCAAAUAUUGUCUUUGGCUGCUUUAGAAACACUCCUUGAAAUUUAAUAUCACUUGGUCUCUAGUAUCUGCAGGAUUCUAUAGAUGAAAGCAAACAAAUUGGGUGUAAGUGAUUUCAGUGUCUGUAGUCAUAACUGUUUGUACGAACAUGGGGUCUCCAUUGCUGAAAGGUGACUUUUUACUUCUACCAAUGUCUCUCAUGGAGUGAUGACACGACUUGAGACAUGGAGGGCCACCUCUGAUCACACUAGCCUGCCCCUGACUACGAUUUCACUGUCUGGUCACAGCAAUAAGGCAAAGCACCCUUAGACACACAACUGACCAGAUUAACCUCUGACUCAAAUGUUUUUCCCACAGAAUCCUUCCUUAUUAUCAAUGUUAUUGUCAUGGUUUCUGUGAGGACAACAGCCAGAUUCAAAGAAGCCCAGGACUUGUGCUAUGACUUAAAGUUCACCAUUUGUGAACCAAGAUUGAAUGUAACAAUGACCAAAUUUGGCUAAUAGUUCAUGGUUGAGGGUGAAAUCUCAUUGGCUUGAUUGGUAAAUAUUACCACUCUAUUUAUAAUUAAACUUGAGACCAUAAAAAUACCAUACAUUUUUCAACAUUUCAGAGCUAUGAAAUAAAUGAAUAACUGUGAGUACAGAAAUGGGCACCCAAAGCUGUAAUAGAACUGAGUGCAAUGUCAAGGCGGUCUAUCAUUUAGAUGCACAGAAAAGGAACUUGGAUGUAUUCUCUAUUAUUUUUCUCAUUUGCCAAAACCUGUAGCUUUAGACUGUCUAACAGGUAGAUCAACCUAACUCACUAGUUCACUGAGGGGAAAAAAAACAAUCUUCCUAAUAGUUUUCUGCUAACAGGAACUAGAGAAAUGACUCCUCAAAGUGAUAUCAUCACAAAACAUCAAUCUAUAAUGCAUAAUUGUGUUCUGGUCAAUUAACAUAUGGAAACAUUGAAGUAAAACGCAUGCAUCAGUGAAGGAAAAAAAAUGGAAAUAGACAUGUGUCCAGACCAGAAAAGCAUUUAAUCUGGCAAAGUGUGUUUCUGGUGCCAAGAUACCAUAACUCUCAGUGGAAAAAAUAGUGGAAUACAUUGUCAGAAGAUGCUGGUUUUAAGAGAGAAUAAAAGUACAUGCUAGCUAACACAGCUAAAUGCACAGUUCUAAUAUUCUAGCACUUUACCAAUAAGUUUGCUUUCUGUGGUCCUUGUCCCAUAGCUCCAACUGGUCCAUGUGGGCCACCAUAGGUCAAAUGAAAAAGCAAAUAAUGGCCCAUCAUCCUAUAAGGCACUGUCACAUUGAAGUGAUCCAGGUCGAACACUGUGAGAAAAACUGUGAGUUAUAAAUAACAUGUGGCAUUCUUUUUUUUCCCCAUUUUCCUUUGACACAUACAAUGAAGAAUUACACUUUUCUCCUGAGAUGCUAACAUCUUCAGUGAUCAAUAGUCAAAUGUAGUAUUUCUGAGUCACUAUUUUAUUCUAUGUGACUUUUCCAUUGUCAAGAAAGAACUAAGUUUGGUUUUUGUUUUGUUUUUUGGAUUUGGGUUUUUUUCUGGUUUUGUUAUUUUUUCAAGGCUGGGCACAACUUGAUACCCAAAGUUAGGGAGAUUGCAUCUGAUGGUCAUUUCGUUUAGCGGGGCUCGGUGACACAUGACAUGUACCUCGAGGAUGUUUCAGGUGACAUCAAAACUCUAAGAGUGUCAGGCUGGGGCGGCAGGCUUUCAGAUGCGUCAUGUCUCAUCACCCAGACAUCGGCACUCUUGUCAAACAUUCCUUUUAAACAGACUCAUUUGGUUCUUAUACACACACAAACCCCUGUGUAUAUUUUGCCUGAGUUUAAGUUUUGUGACAUUUUAUGUCCAUUGUAAACACUGAGCUAGCAUAGCUCAGUCUUCCUUCGCUUUAACAAUUCACAACAUAUUCGAACCACUUCACCCCACACUGAGAGCCUAUUGAGAACAGUAGUGUGUUGACUUAGUGAGGCUACACUUUGGAUUGGAAAACAGCUAUCAUCUCUGGGUGAUGUUUUUGCAUUGUACACUCAGGCAUGUUGCAAAUGCAGGAGCUGAUGGACACUGCUCACAUUUGAGUCUCACAUACUUGUCAGAAAAUCAUGCAUAUGUCUUCUAAAUGGACUCCAGGUAACUAAGCAGAUGCCAGAAGUAUGUUCAAUUUGAUGGAAGCAGUGACCCCAACAGUUGAUCUCAGUAUUAGAGUCUGUGAGUAAAUUCAGGUAGUAGACCUAAGCAGGUAGAAGCAAGAUUUUGAAAUCUUGAAUGGUGCUUCUGAGACAGUAAAAACUUUGAAGAUUUGCACAUUAUGUAUGUCAUAAAAUAUAAGCUGUGUAUUACCCCAGAUUGUCAGAAGCAAUGGCAUCGUUCAGUAAAUGCAUCAUUCAGUAAAAACCAGUUGAAGAACCAAAACUUUUGGGAAAACUAAAAUGGGUCUCAUGUAAAAUGUCUCCUCAGCCUUGGCAACUUUCAAACUGCAAUCAACUACUGAAAGCAUUACUGUGUCUUAUAGCCUGCAUUCCAGCAAGCUCUGUUAUUCAGGUAAAUCACUUGAACUGAGUCAUUUGGGGCCUGUACUGUAAUAUUUUUCAUGGAGGAACAAUAUCCUACUUUGUAAAGCAUUUCUCUAUGUGUGACUUUAAACUGUAAAAUUAAACAUUGGCUUUGUGGUUUCAGUGAGCACAAUAAAUGUAAACUGUAAACUAG